AUGGCUGAACAACCGGAAGUUUCAAAAGAGUUACGGCUUGGGGGCCGUUCCCGAGGGGCAAAUGCCGCUGGUGACAACCGCCGCUCCAAAGCUCCGCGCGCGAGUGAAGCGGUACCGUAUGAGGAGGCCACGACAUUAAAAGAUCCCUUCGUAACAUCCAGCGUUUCGGGCCCAACCACAACCACAACAAAUCCUCCACCGCCGGUAGCACCGAGUCCCGUAGUCGCAGAGGAUAUUUUUGCAAUAGCAUACGACACGUACAGCGCGGCAGAUCUUCACGCGUUGCUUCAACAAGUAACUCGAAGCGAAGUGGAGCGGCGGAUGGCCGAGUUUGAUCAGCAACGGCGGAAAACAAAUCAUGCGCCUCGUGUGGAACGUUUCCUCGACGUUACCGGCAGCAGCAGCAGCAACAACAACAACUCCAACGGCACGGGCUCUGAGGUUUGCACUGGAUAUACCUACAAUGAUAUGCUGCAGCGAAUCUUUAUUGCGCUAAACCGUAACAAAGAGAGCAGCGGCAUGUCGGAGCGCAAUCAGCUACCUGUGCCGCAGGUGGAGAAAAUAAGUAAAAAGAAGGUUGUUAUUGUCAACUUUCGCAGAAUAUGUGAGGUGUUCAGCCGCCCUAUUGAGGAUGUGAAGGAUUAUAUUGAGAAGGAGCUCUCUGUUGGUGGGAACCUUGACAGCAACGACUCUCUCAUUCUCAAGUAUGAAAUUCAGAAAGUGACAGAUUUCGAUAAAAUUUUGAUAAAGUAUUUGGACGAGUACGUGAAGUGUAACUCAUGCCACAAGAUUGACACCACACUAACGAAGGAGGGUAGGCGUAUGGAAUUGCGGUGCAAUUGGUGCACAGCUACGCGCUCUGUGCAAGCAGUAGGAUCGGCAACGUACAGUGCGCAGGUUGGCAAACGUUCCCGUGCACGACGCCAAGCCAUGACACUUUAG